ACGAUUCAAAGUAGUAGAAGUAGAAUUAUGAUGCAUGGAAACUCUGUUGCCAAAAUCUAAGGAAAUGACUAUGAAUAGCUCUAAAUUUCAGAUUGUUUCCAGUGAGUGUAGUAUGUGUGGCGAUGUGGGUUUGAAGGAGCAUCUCAUCAAAUGCACCUCCUGUUUAUUCAGAUUUCAGCACACGUAUUGCAGUAGCUUGUAUCCAAAUAUAGAUUUGGAGCGUUUUUCGUGCGAAUGGUGCAACUACAGAGUCACACAAAACAUAUCGGCGUCUAAUCAGAUAAGCUCAGGAAAAUGCGAGCAGAGGUCGGAUCUGUUUAUUUCUGUUAAUGGAAGAAAGGCAAGUGAAGUGAAGGAAAAGCCCCACCUGCAAAUCCAUGCUCGGCGCCGAUACAAACGCCUUGCAGACUUGAACUUCUAAUAUUCUGUACUGUGCUUAUGUCACUGUUUCACAAUUCUAAAUA